UAUCCGAGUUUCUGCAAACGAGUGACAGACAACAACUUAGAUUUCUUGUUGCCUCUUGCUCGAGAAUAUCAAAUGACAGUACUCACACAAAAAUGUGAAGAUUAUCUUCUGUGGGGAAUGGAAAAGAAGAACGAAAUCAGCUCCAUUAUGGAAACCCUAAUCGUCGCCCAAAAUUUUUCCUUUGAAAGACUGAAAACUGAUUGCAUCAAGAAAACGCAAAAUCUUUCCACGGAAGAUAUAAAGAGCCACGAGUUGUACGAUCAAAUCGAGCCUCUUUCUCAGAGGAGGAUGGUUGAAUUGCAAAUGGAUAACAUGGAGAAAAAGCUCAGUGAAGCUAAAGCCGAGCUAGAGAAAUCCAACGCGGAGAUUUCAAAGUUACAAGGAAAGAUUAAAGAGAUGAAAAAAUUGGCUUCCGAAGGUUUGGAGUUCGUCGGAUCAAUUGCUACCUACCUUGGAAAUCACAUUCGUCACGCCAUGCAAAUGAAUUCGAGGUUUCAAGACUUUGCGAUGACCACGGAGCAACAUUUGAAAACCAUUCAGAACGACACCAACAGUCGUGCUACAUUCAACGGUCGGGAUAAAGUUUGUCUAUCGUUAAAUGGGACAUAUUCUCCUCUAGUAAAUCUCCACUAUAAGCUUUUGGCAAUUACAAAAGAGUUUAAAUAGAUGCUAAGAAAAAUAUCUAUGUUUAAAUAUUUCGUCGAUAAAUUUGGCAUAUCUUGUUAGGGCGUUUCUGCUACUACUAAGUAACGUAAAUUGUAUUUCCAGACGUCAGUUCAAAGCAAGAUUGGAAUUAUUUGAGAUUCCACUGAAGUAGCUGCUUGCAGAUUCAUGAUACAGGUCUUUUUAGAGAGCAAGAAGUUUACUCCAUCCCGUUAUUAAAUAUAGCAAGUCUUGUUAUCGUGUCGAUCUCUGUCACUGCUUAGUAAGCUAAAUUGUGUUUUUGAGCAAGAGUGGAAUCAUUGAGGUCUUGGCUCGAGUUCCAGAUGCAGAUUUCAAUAUCUAGUUUUAUGUUCCUAUUGUUGGUAACAACAGGGUUGACUGUAAGCUUUCAGGAGUCUUAUUGACAUAAUGUGGUAAAUUACUUCACUAUUUAACAAUACACGGAAAACAAUCGUUCUUCAUUACCUCUAUCAUAAAAAAGCGUGUGCAUCAUUGAACAAACCUCUGCUAUAACUGGCAGCUGUAUGUGACUUCCAAUGAUUAGAAAAUAAUGAUAAUAGAAUUAUCACACUUAACAAAACCAAAAAACACUGCUAUUGCAAUACUGAGGUCAUCUGCUGAAGCGAAAGGCCAAGGCAGAUAACACAGUCAUGAGGUUUGAUAAUUCAUGAUAUCAAGCAAAAACCAGAUUCGAUAAUUGUUCUAUAAUAGAUUUUUUAAAAACGUUCAGCCAUAUUGAGUUCUCUAUAAGUUUAAUUCACAAAAGUUUGAGAACUCUACACGGACAAGGGGCAUGAAAACUUAGGAGACAUUGAACUCUACAUGAUAAACAUAAUAUUCGCAGCAGAUACUGGAUUAUCGAUCAUGUCCACUUCACACAUUAUUGUAUAUUGAUUGAAUGUUCUCGACCGAUCGGAUUUUUUU